ACAUCAGCAAUAAAAGAGAAAACCCUUUCACUUAGUGAAAACCAAAUCACAAUACUAACAACAAUGGAGGUAGAAAGGGUACAAACAAUAGCUCAUAAAUCCAAAAACACUACAAUACCAUCCAUGUUCGUUAGGUCAGAAACUGAGUCACCAGGAACAACAACGGUCCAAGGUGUGAAACUUGGGGUACCAAUAAUAGAUUUCAGCAACCCAGAUGAGGUAAAGGUGCAAAAUGAGAUAAUAGAAGCAAGUAAAGAGUGGGGAAUGUUUCAAAUUGUGAACCAUGAAAUUCCAAAUGAAGUUAUAAGAAAGUUGCAAAGUGUUGGUAAAGAGUUUUUUGAGUUACCACAAGAUGAAAAAGAGGUUUAUGCUAAACCUGUUAUUGGAUCUGAUGUUUCUUCUGAAGGGUAUGGUACAAAGCAUCAGAAAGAGUUGAGUGGGAAAAGAGGAUGGGUGGACCAUUUUUUUCAUAUCAUAUGGCCACCUUCAUCUGUUAAUUACAGUUGUUGGCCAAAUAACCCUACUUCCUAUAGGGAGGUGAAUGAGGAAUAUGGCAAGUACCUCCGUAGAGUGUCAAACAAAUUGUUCAAUAUCAUGUUAGUAGGACUUGGGUUUGAAGAAAAUGAACUCAAGUCAGUUGCAGAUGAAAAUGAGUUGAUUCACCUAUUGAAAAUCAAUUACUACCCACCAUGUCCAUGUCCUGAUCUGGUACUAGGUGUGCCACCACACACAGAUAUGUGUUAUAUUACCCUUCUCAUACCCAAUGAAGUGGAGGGUCUUCAAGCCUCUAGAGAUGGUCAAUGGUAUGAUGUUAAGUAUGUCCCCAAUGCCCUCAUUAUUCACGUUGGUGACCAAAUGCAGAUACUAAGCAAUGGGAAAUAUAAGGCUGUAUUGCACAGAACAACUGUAAACAAAGAUGAGACAAGAAUGUCGUGGCCAGUGUUCAUAGAACCCAAGCCAGAAAACGAAGUUGGUCCUCACCCAAAGUUUGUUAACCAAGAGAAUCCUCCAAAGUACAAAACCAAGAAAUAUAAGGAUUAUGCUUACUGUAAGCUUAAUAAGAUCCCUCAAUAAAGGAAGAAGCUCUACAAUGAAAUAAUUUAGUGAACAUUUCAUGUCACACUAUGAAUACAUUGUUUCUUGUGUUGGUUAAUUUCCACAAUGAUUAUGUGGCAUGUAUGAACGAAAUACAAUAUGUAGCUAAUUGUUCACUGGUAAUUCUUUUAGGAGAAAACAUCUUAUCUUAUGUUAUUUCAUUCUGAAUCAAUGAGUUUGGGGUUUUUGGGUGUUUUUA